CGCACUUGUUUACCUCCCGCGUGCUCGGCGGGAAAAAAACACCUUCCUCUCUUUAAAUCCUUUCCUUCUCGCUGUGCUGUGAGAGUUGGAUCCCACCUUGCCUUCGUCCAACCUCUUUUUUUCCUUUUCUUUGCGUUUUUCUUCCACUAACCAUCCCCGCAUCAACAGCAGCCUCCAGACCUGGGAGCGCCCCGCCUGAUAUGGCCAGUGCAUCUCCUUGGGGCAUUGGCGCCCAAGCCGCUGCCACGGCCGAGAAGGCGUACGACGAGAAGAACGAGCACGACAUGAGCCACGGCGAGAUCCAGACCAGCGAGACGGCAACGGCCGCAUCGACAGGCGAAUCCAUGGAGGAUAAGGAGAGAGAUGCAAUCCACGAUCUGGCGCGCGCCCUCACACAGCACUCGCUGAAGAACUCCAAUGGCGAGCAUAUCAACCCCUUCUUAGGCACUGACAACCCGCUUCUGGACCCCUCCUCUGGCAAGUUCAACGCGCGCGCCUGGUGCAAGACCCUGCUGGGCCUCCAGUCUCGUGACCCUGAGAGAUAUCCCGAGAGGACAGCGGGUAUCGCAUACAAGAACCUGAGUGCGCACGGGUUCGGCGAGGCGACGGAUUACCAGAAGACUUUUGGCAACUAUCCUUUGGAGGCCGGCAGCCUGUUCAAACGACUCAUCGGCCGCAGACAGCAGACCAAGAUUCAGAUUCUGAGGGAUUUCGAUGGGUUGGUCCGGAGUGGGGAGAUGCUUGUUGUCCUUGGUCGCCCGGGAAGUGGUUGUUCCACCUUGCUGAAGACCCUUUCGGGGGAGACGGACGGUUUCUACGUGGAUGAGAACUCCUACAUUAAUUACCAGGGAGUUAGCAAGGAGCAGAUGCACAAGGAUUUCCGAGGCGAAUGUAUCUACCAGGCUGAGGUUGAUGUUCACUUCCCUCAACUCACAGUGGGCCAGACCUUGGAAUUUGCUGCCAGAGCUCGAGCUCCGCGAAACAGAAUUCCAGGCGUGUCCAGAGAAGUUUAUGCCACCCACAUGAGAGAUGUGAUCAUGGCCAUCUUUGGUCUCUCUCACACCAUCAACACGAAAGUGGGGAAUGAUUUCAUUCGUGGUGUGAGUGGUGGUGAGCGGAAGCGUGUCAGUAUUGCUGAAGCAGCUCUUGGUGGAAGUCCUUUGCAAUGCUGGGACAACAGUACUCGAGGUCUAGAUUCGGCAACAGCUUUGGAAUUCGUGAAGACUCUCCGACUUUCAACCGAGAUGGCUGGCUCCACUGCCGUUGUGGCCAUCUAUCAAGCCUCGCAGUCCAUCUACGACGUCUUCGACAAGGUCGCCCUCCUGUACGAGGGAAGACAGAUCUAUUUCGGAUACAAGGAUGCCGCGAGAGAUUACUUCAUCAACAUGGGAUUCGAAUGCCCACCACGACAGACGACUGCCGAUUUCCUCACUUCCAUCACGAGUCCCGCGGAGCGCGUCGUCCGUAAGGGUUUCGAGGGGAAGGUGCCACAAACACCUGACCAGUUUGCUGCAGCGUGGCAGAAGAGUGAGGAUCGAGCGUUACUCUUGCGCGAGAUUGAAGAGUUUGAUCGUCAAUACCCGAUCGGUGGGGAGCAACUGGAGAAGUUCAAGGAGUCUCGCCGAGCCGCACAAGCGAAGCGCACUCGCAUCAAGUCCCCAUAUACUAUCUCAGUCCCCAUGCAGAUCCAGCUCUGCAUCAGGCGUGGUUUCCAGAGAUUGGCAGGUGACAUGAGUCUGUUCCUCACCAGUGUCUUGGGACAAAGUGCAAUGGCUUUGAUCAUUGGUAGUGUUUUCUAUAAUCUUCAGAACACCACUGGCAGUCUCUACAGUCGUGGAGCCCUUCUUUUCUUUGCUAUUCUGAUGGCUGCAUUCCAAAGUGCCCUCGAGAUUUUAACCCUCUAUGCCCAACGACCGAUUGUUGAGAAGCACGCGAAAUAUGCCUUCUAUCAUCCAUUCACUGAAGCUAUCGCAUCGAUGAUAUGCGACCUUCCCAACAAGAUCGGAACCGCUAUCUCGUUCAACUUGUCGCUCUAUUUCAUGACCGAUCUUCGAAGAACACCUGGUCAUUUCUUUGUAUUCUUCCUGUUUAGUAUCAUGUGUACACUGACCAUGUCGAUGUAUUUCCGAUUGAUUGCAGCUCUCUCACGAACGUUGUCUCAGGCAAUGGCACCGGCAGCAGUCUUCAUCUUGGCACUGGUCAUUUACACAGGUUUCGCUAUCCCGACGAGCAACAUGCAUCCUUGGUUCAGAUGGAUCAACUAUCUAGAUCCUGUGGCGUACGCAUUCGAGGCCUUAAUGAUCAAUGAGUUCCAUAAACGACCAAUCAGAUGUACGAGUUUCGUUCCUUCGGGUCCCGGCUAUGAGAACAUUUCUCCCGAGCAAAGGAUCUGUUCUACUACUGGGGCAGCCGCAGGUGCAGACACUGUCGACGGAGAUACAUACCUCCGGGUCAACUACGGCUAUGAGCCCGGUCAUCUAUGGAGAAACCUCGGUAUCCUCAUUGCUCUCAUGAUUUUCGGUUGCUGCAUGUACCUGCUCGCCACAGAGUUUAUUUCCGCGAAGAAGUCAAAGGGUGAAGUCCUCCUCUUCAGACGUGGUCACGUCCCAGAGGUCGCACCGCAGCGUGACUUGGAAUCCAAUCCCGAUGACCGCGUCAACACGGAGACUGUUCUUGCUAGAGAGAAGACGACUCCCGAUGCCCCUGCUAGCAUCCAGAAGCAGACGGCGAUAUUCCACUGGAACGAAGUCAACUAUGAUAUCAAGAUUAAAGGCGAACCACGUAGACUCUUGGAUGGUGUCGACGGCUGGGUAAAACCGGGAACCUUGACAGCUCUUAUGGGUGUUUCGGGCGCAGGAAAGACCACGCUUCUCGAUGUUCUUGCCAGUCGUGUUACUAUGGGUGUAGUUACUGGUGAGAUGCUCGUUGACGGACGACCCCGAGAUACCGGCUUCCAGAGAAAGACUGGUUAUGUUCAACAACAGGAUCUUCACUUGGCUACGUCGACGGUCAGAGAGGCAUUAAUUUUCAGCGCCGUCUUGCGACAACCGAAAUCGACUCCUUACAAGGAAAAGGUUGCCUACGUUGAGGAAGUUAUCAAGGUCUUGGAAAUGGAAACCUAUGCUGAUGCUGUUGUCGGUGUGCCUGGUGAAGGUCUCAAUGUCGAGCAGAGAAAGCGUCUUACUAUCGGUGUUGAGAUGGCGGCCAAGCCAGCUCUUCUUCUCUUCCUCGAUGAGCCUACAUCCGGUCUUGAUAGUCAAACUGCCUGGUCUAUUUGUGCCUUGCUCCGGAAACUUGCAGACAAUGGUCAAGCCAUUCUCUGCACUAUUCACCAACCUUCCGCCAUCCUCUUCCAGGAAUUCGACCGCUUGCUCUUCCUUGCCAGGGGUGGAAAGACUGUUUACUUCGGAGAGAUUGGAAAGAACUCGAAGGUUUUGAUCGACUACUUUGAACGCAAUGGUUCAAGGCACUUCGGACCUGACGAGAAUCCCGCUGAGGUCAUGCUCGAGGUCAUUGGUGCCGCACCUGGUUCUGAAACUUCUAUCAACUGGCACGAGGUUUGGAAGAAUUCACCGGAGGCACGGGCAGUCAAGGAAACUCUGGCCGAGAUGAAAGCAACAUUGUCGCAAAAACCUAGUCUAGCUGACGACGAUUCAACUUCCCUUCAACAAUUCGCUGCGCCAUUCUGGGUUCAACUCUACACUGUUGUUAUUCGAGUCUUCCAGCAAUAUUGGCGAACACCUUCUUACCUCUAUUCGAAGACGCUUCUCUGUACGGCCGUCGGUCUCUUUAUUGGUUUCUCCUUCUGGCGAUCUCCCACCUCUCUUCAAGGAAUGCAGGAUCAACUUUUCUCAGUUUUCAUGCUUCUCACCAUCUUCGGAAACUUGGUUCAGCAGAUCAUGCCUCACUUCGUCACUCAGCGAUCCCUCUACGAAGUUCGUGAACGUCCGUCAAAGACCUACUCUUGGCAAGUCUUCAUCCUCUCGAACAUUAUUGUCGAGAUUCCGUGGAACUCUCUUAUGGCUGUCAUCAUGUUCUUCUGCUGGUAUUACCCGAUCGGUCUUUACCGAAACGCUGAACCUACCGGUGCAGUCACUGAGCGCGGAGGACUCAUGUUCCUAUACAUCUGGUCCUUUAUGCUUUUCACCUCAACCUUCACUGACCUGGUCGUCGCGGGUAUUGAAAGUGCUGAGACUGCUGGUAACAUCGCUCAACUCAUGUUCUCUAUGACGUUGAUUUUCUGCGGUGUUCUGGCAUCCCCUACAGCCCUUCCUGGGUUCUGGAUCUUCAUGUACCGUGUCUCUCCCUUCACGUACAUUGUCAGCGGUAUGAUGGCAACCGGAAUUGCGAAUACGAAGGUCGUCUGCGCCGAGAAAGAGUUCCUCCACUUCAGCCCACCCUCGGGCCAGACUUGCGAAUCCUACCUAGGACCUUACAUGAAAAUGGCUGGCGGUUACCUCCGCGAUUUGAACGAAACGACCACCUGCAGUUUCUGUCCAAUUUCCGAGACGAACGACUUCCUGAAAUCGGUUAAUUCUUUCUACAGCCAGCGAUGGCGCAACUGGGGUUUGACGUGGGCGUUUGUUGCUUUCAAUAUUGCCGGUGCGGUGUUUAUGUAUUGGCUCGUCCGCGUGCCGAAGAAGGUCAAGGCGAAGAAGGAGUAG